AAGCCGGACGACGGUAUUAAUUAUCGGGACAGGCUUGUCGGAAAAAAAAGAAACAAAGCGCGAAAAAAGGCAUUCCUGCGGGAGAUUAGGAAAAAACGAUAAGCCCGAGCGCUCUGGAAAAGUGCGAGGCACGCAACGCGCAUUCUAAAUGACGCUUUGCAAUAUCGAGCAGCUCUCUCUCUCUCUCUCUCUCUCUCUCUCUCUCUCUCUCUCUCUCUCUCUCUCUCUCUCUCUGUGCGAGCGAGUCAAUGUAUAUACGUAUAUACACGCAGAAGUAGCACGUGCCUCACGAGCUCAGAGACCUUUAAACUCGUCGGCUCUUCGCGCGCCGCGCAACGGCCUCGUCGUGUGCGUGAGAGCGUACAGGCUGGCAGGAAAGUUUGCGACUGGACGGACGGCUUUGGUGAAUUGUUUUUUUUUUUAUAUUUUGUUGUAAAGCGGCAGUUUGAGGCCAUCGGUAGUAGCGCGCGCGUGUCACUUGAUAAUAUUGUGCUCUACUGGUUUUCUAAUUGUUAUUAUCUAUUCUUCGAAGAGGUUAAAGUUUUGUGAGGUGAGAGUCGAUGACUUUGUGUUGAUAUUUCGGGGGCGAAAUUUGCCUCGUCUGCUCGUUCACUUAUGCGAAUUCGAUCGUCUUGGAGCGCAAUUAGAUCGGUUUUAAAUAGACUUUAACGUCAGUUUAUUCUCUUAAAAAAAAAAUAUAUAUGUUCGUAAUUAUAUUCAAACUUGAACCGAAAUUGCAUAAAACAACAAAAAGUGACGCGACCUUUACGCUGAAAGUACACAUAUUAUAUAUUCGGUGUCUCCUUAUCGAGCCGGAACGCGCACGCUGCAGUCGGCCGAUUCCAAAAAUCGAAGAACACCGAGGAAAAAAAGUUGCUGUUAAUUAAUCCAUUGCGGGAGCUGCGUGUCGCAAUGCAUUUCGCGUCUCCCAAUUGAUUAACCAUGUAGGUCAGAAGAUUCGGUUCGAUGUGCACUCGAGUAAUCGAUACUUUUUUUUCUCAUUUCAAAAAUCAAAUUGCCAAUCCUCCGCACAUACCUAUAUAUAGUACUCGCACACAAGCAACAAGCUUUCCCUCCAGUCUGUACUCGUCUCGCGCGGGGCAGAGGGGGAGUUGCUCGUGCGCGGGACUCGGGAGCGAGCGAGAGAGAGAGAGAGAGAGAGAGCGCACGUGUAAAUAUUUACCGGCGCAUGCGCACUCGCCGGCAAGCGUACUCUCCAGCCCAGCGGCGGUCGUCGCUCGCAGUGUCACGUGACCCAGCCUCGUUCGUGGUUAUAAACGCCGUCGGAGCGACCGGCCGGUCUUAUAGCGCGCCGGAGCCUCCGCAAGUUAGCAUCGAAGCCGAACACACUGUGUCAUCCACUGUGUAUACUCGACUUCGACGAGUUGUCAUACGUAACUUUUUUCACUUUUCUAUAAAACAAAACAAAAAACAAAAAUACGCACGUACGAAGAGACAGCGUGUGAGAGUGCGCGCGAGCGAAUCCUGCAGGUUCAGAAAGACAAAAGCCAGAGGAUCAAGUCUGCAGGAAGGAAGAGACUAGGCCGAUUACACAACGAGGAGGAGUUUAGCUUUUGAGCGAGGCGUACUAGAAGUGGGCAAGACGAGCGGGAGCAAGCCUUACUCGGAUCUUAACUUCUCGGACCUCAAUUUCCGAUAGAUAUCCCCCGCGAUGGCCGGCUUCUGGGAAUGGGACUACUCCAGUCAGAACGGACCCAGCAAAUGGGUGGAGAAAUUCCCGAUGGCCGCGGGCUCGAGACAGAGCCCAGUGAACAUCGAGACCGAUCGCGUUGAAUCCGAUCACGAGGCUCUCAUUAGCAAGCCCCUUAGAUGGAAGUACCCGGCUACGGCUUCUCGCAAGCUCGUCAAUCCGGGAUACUGCUGGCGCAUCGACACCGACGGAGAUGGCACCCUUCUCAGCGGAGGGCCCUUGAUGGACGAUGUCUACAAGCUCGAGCAGUACCACUGCCACUGGGGCUGCAGCGACUCAAGAGGUUCGGAGCAUACCGUUGACGGGCAAGCCUUUGCCGGCGAGCUGCAUCUCGUCCACUGGAACACCAGCAAGUACAAGACGUUCGCCGAGGCCGCCAAGGCUCCCGAUGGACUCGCAGUGCUCGGGGUCUUUCUCAAGGUGGGAAAGGCGCACGAGGAGAUGGACAAGAUCGCUCGGCUUCUGCCCUACGUCUCCCACAAGGAUGACUGUAUCGAAAUAAACGAGCCCAUCGAUCCCAGCAAGCUGCUUCCUGUUCGCGGCGGACGAGCGGGUAGCAGCAACAGCGCAGCCCAGCGCUGCGUGAACCCUUGCAUGCGCUGGGCAGGCCGCAUCAUCCGGCCCGCGGAGAACAAGGGCAGCCAAUGGCAAGUAGAUGACAACGGUUACUGGACUUACCUGGGUUCACUGACAACGCCGCCCUGCAACGAGAGCGUCACCUGGAUCCUUUUCAAGCGCUACAUCGAGGUUUCUCACCACCAGCUCAACAUUUUCCGCAACCUGCGCAAGUUUCCGCGCGGCGAGGAGUGCCCUUGCCACGAGAAUCAUGGCGUAGUGAUCAACAACUUCCGUCCGCCACUGCCACUCGGCAAUCGCGUGCUGCGAGAAUGUGGCAGUUUCUAAGCCACGAAACACCUAACUGGAGAAGGCAUCGACAUCAGCGAUCAUCAACAUCAUUGACGUCCUAAUUGCCAUUAUGCCGGCUAUCACGGGGGAGAAGAGGGGGAAGGGGGAAGGGGGGAAGGGGGGUUCAAGGGGGGGAUGGAUCAGGGGUUCUUAAGAGAGAUGGAAGAAAGCAACGAUUAAAUUUGGCCACAUCAACAACCCACAGCAAUCCAGAAGAAACUGCAGACUCCAUAUUACGGAAUUACGUAAAAAGCGUUCAGAAUAUUUAUACUGCGUAACCGAGUAACUAUAUGCGUGUCUACUGUACGCGCGUAAACACACAUACACACCAGAAAAACGUGCCUUUUGAGUUUUCGAUAUUAAACGAUUAAACGUAUGACAGAGCAACAAAAAAAGUAUAACCAACCAAACCGAAAGUGCAAUACUUACAAUUCAUAUAUAAUGUAUGUAAUAUUUCAUCCGUACAUUCUUUUCUAUAUAACGAUGAAAAAACUAUAUAAAGCGAAACUAAUCUAAAAAAUGAAAAAGAAGCAUAAAUACGCGUUGAAACGUAUUUAUCCAUAUUGUUGGACGUAAAAAUCAUGUCUGGUCUCAAUGUGACGAGUUCCACAAAGAACCUGAUGAAUAAUGAAACCGGUAUUGCACAGUAUGCAAUAAGACGAAAUUCGGAAAAAAAUGCAAAUAGCUUUACACGUAGGUUUCAAUCAAAAGACAGCGUAAAAUCCACAUUUAGGCCGGAUAGUCGAAACGGGUUGUUAUGCGAGAAAAUUUUAUUUUAUAUAUAUACAACAUUAUAAAAUUCGGAAGAUUUUCAUACUCGCACGAAAGAGGCAAAGGCGUUUUCUUUGUCUUCUAGUAAAGUACUGCAUUAAAUUUUAUAUAUAUACACACAAUAACUCAGCGAUCGUGCCUGAAUUAACGAGUAAACCAAGAAUAAUAAAGAUAAAAACGUCGCAGUCUACGAAAUGAAUAACGAUACGCGAAAAAAUGUAAGGUGACCGCAUAUGCUCCAUUGUUGCGUGUAUACGAGAGACAAAAAAAAAGAUACAUGCAUACAUACAUGUAAGAUGCUUCUAAUAAGUGUGAAAAAGUUUCGAUAAACUCGUAUCAAUGUUAUUAAAUAUUAUAUACUAAUUUAUAGUCAGUCACAUGUUUUGCGUGCGCGUAGCUGCUAGUUUUUAGAGAAGACUCGUUUGUGCGGGAAAAGAUCGUAAUAUCUUUUAAUUCCAGUGAUACGCUAUAAAUAAUCCCGCAACCAUCCACGUCUUUCCAUUAUGUUUUGGAAAAAAAAAUGCAAACUACAUAUUAUUAUUCCAUGCGCCCUUUUAUAUGAAAAUGAAAAAAAACCUAAACCAUCCGCAUAAAUUAUUUUAGAUUUAAUGAUUUUUAUAAAGGUAAAGGAGAGAAUUUUUGUAAAUGGCGUUACCUGCGCCAGUCGAAAUGUUUUAUGAAAAAAGGCAAAAAAUUAUGCUAUUAAAUUAUUACGAUCUGAUGUGCUUAUUAUAAGAAUAUAUAAUAGACACACGUCCGCGAUUUGCGUUUAUCAAUCCUCAAGUAUGAGGAUUAGCGAAGCGAACACCGAGUAUCUCCUUGUAAUGUAGUUUGUGUAAAGCAAUUGUAUUUUGCAUAUUGCAAUGCUUAAGAAUUUAUUAUUUGUUUUUCUGUAGCAAUUAGAUAAUAUAUGAGAAAAACCGCGUUUUAGCGUCGGAGAAUAUCUUGAGGCCUAUAUCAGAUUUAUUUAUUAUAUCAUAGAAUGAAGAAAAAUUCUCCGUUUUAAAUAUUGUUCAGUUGCAAGUGAAUACUAUACAGCACCGUCUAAAAGGAAAGCUUUAUCUCGAAUGAACAUUUUGUUAUUUUUCAGUGGCGCAUUGCUCGUUGUUUUCUUUGAAUGAAUUACACAACAAAACAAAAUCUUUGUACCUUUAGAUGGUAUAGAAUAGAAGACUGCUGGUCGGCUUUGUAUUUGUGUCGAUUGUGAUAGUGUGGAAAAAUAAAGAAUAACACUUUGAAAAAAGA